CUUAUAACAGAGAGGGGUGUUAGGUCAGUCGCCAUUUUUGCCGUUACGGCGCAAACGCAGAUACUUUGUCGCGUCACAGUAAAGCCAAUUGAGUGCUUCGAAAUUCGCAAUUUUUCAACUCCGUCACUUUGUCCCAUUUUUUCCACCGUCACAUUCAAGUCAAUUUAGUGCUUCGAAAUUCAAAAUAAGAUAUGUGUUGUUUUUGAAAGAUCAGGAAGAGUAAUUAGGUAUUUAGUUUUUUUUUUUUUUGUAAGAAGCAAGUGAAGUGAAAAUGUUACGGAUAAUAUUGUUUGGAAUAGUGUUGCAGCACGCUUCAGGGGUGAUAUAUGAACUGACUCCCCAGGAGUACGAUGCGUUACCAAAACUGACCAAGGUAGACGAAUAUGCGCCAUGCAUGCGCGUUCCUGGGGACGCGUAUUGCUUCGUCAGCGCUCAACUGUAUGGGAAUCUGUCGGACCCCUUGUUUCGCACGUUGGUGGAAUACUCCGCAAACACCAUAACCCAUUUCGACCACACCCACAUACACCGGGGUAUCUGUCCAAAGAAGUCAUGUGCGAAACACAUGGAGGCCUCCACAAACCUGACCGAGGUGGUCGAAGCUUGUCUCAACGAGACUUUGACCAGAGACUACCGUCUGACCGCCAGAGUCUUCGAAGCCUAUUGCGAGAGUUUCUCAAAAGGGUUGAAAUUAGACAGUGGGGAUUAUGCAUUCUUGUUGGUUGUCCUAAGUUUUAUAGGGCUGAAUGUUAUGGGGAGUGUUUAUGACUUCUUCUUUGAGUCUGGCAAGGAUAAGUUCGUUGGCAGAUGUCUUCUAUGCUUCUCUGUAAGGAAGAACUGGCAGCGUUUGGCCGCCCCAGGCAGUUCUAGCCCCAUGCAGCAAAGGAUCAAGUCCAUUCACAGCUUCAGAACAAUCACUGCAGUUCUGGUGAUUUGUGGUCAUUCGCCUAUCCCCAGUCUUUUGAAUGGCAAAACUCCACAGUUUAUGGAAGAGACAUACCAUAAUUUUCCGUUUCACCUGUUCUUCGGCGGGACACUGAUCGUCCAGACCUUCUUUCUUUUAUCCGGUUUCCUGAUGGCGUAUAAUAUUCUACUGUCGGAGCAAAAACGCCGACCUAGUUGCAUGAACCUGCCUAAAGGCAUACUUUUAAGGUGGCUGAGGUUGACUCCACCCUACGCUCUAGUUAUGUUCUUUGUUAUGACCUGGAUGAGGCAUUUAAGUGCUGGUCCAUUUUACUUGAAAAGCGUGACGUCAGAAGCAGAAGCCUGUCACCGGGACUGGUGGCAACAUCUGCUGUACAUACAUAACUAUAUCGACAACUCGCAAUGCAUGGCUCAUGCGUGGUACCUAGGAGCCGAGUUCCAGCUCAGCAUUGUCGGUCUCCUGGUCUUCUGCGUGCUGCACAGCAACCGCGUGAGAAAGAUGGCCAUUGGCGUGGUCAUGGCCGUAGGUCUGGUCGCUCCAGCCGUUCACACGUACUACCAGGACUUGCAUGCUGUGCUCAUUAUAUCGCCUGAAGUGGCAAUAAACUUCUUCGUAAAAGACCCGACGUUCAACAACUUGUACAAGCGCGGGCACACCAACCUCGUCUGCUAUGGUCUUGGACUAGCGAUGGCCUAUUAUGUCUAUGGUUUGAAGGACAGUGACUUGGGAGCGAAGAAAUUCAAGAAAUACCUGCCACUCUACUGGUCUCUCUUCCCCAUGAUGCUUGGCGUCGUGCUUGUUGGCUACGUGUUCUACAUCGACGGCAUCGUCAUCCCGAUAGCCGUUCGAGUCGUCUACUCGAGCGCCAUCAAGUUUGUUUUCGGCUUCGCGACUGCUGUAUUCAUAUAUCUUACCAUCGUAAAGGUUGACAAACCGUUCCGCGCGUUUCUCAACUGGGGCGGAUGGGCCCGAAUCUCGCGGCUCACCUACUUCGCUUACCUGGUGCAUAUCCCUAUUCUGAGAUUUGGGACUGGAAAUGUUGACGAAUUGGUGCCUAUUGGGGUCUUUUGGCUGCUGACCAACUUCCUAUCAUGCCUUUGCAUGGCGUACAGCCUCGCUUUUCCCCUCUUCAUCACCGUGGAGAGUCCUCUCGCUGAGCUGGUCAAGGUGACCUUUGUGCCGCAAGCCAGACCUGCCCAGGAAACUAAGGCUAACAAGGAGACUAUUGAUGAAAAGCUUUAGUCACUGAUUAAUCAAAGAUAGCUAGAUAGAUAGAUAGUUGUAACUGCCUUUGAGGAAACUCGACUGGAGAACCUGGACCAAAAGCGCCAGCGACGGAAGUCUCGCCCUAAACUGUCCUACGCAUAUACAUAAUUAUAACAAGGGCAGCUUUAUUGCGCACAGUGCGACCGAAUACUUCAAACGAAGUUUAGUUUUGCGAGCCAUAUACGUGCUCAUCAGAGAAAUUUGUAAAGGUCGCCGUUGUCGGAUACGACAUGGAGGACUAUAUAUACCGGGUGCCCGGUAAUUAAUGGACAACCUUUUAACCACCAAGAGGGCACCUUAUACUGGUCCAGAAAAUCGACUUUAAGGUUUAGUAAAAGUCGCCUGG